UGAACUGGUUGACGUGUAUUACCGUGCGCCUUUAACCUUGUCCAUGAGGAUAUUAUGAAAGUCUCCUGUUUGUUCGCAGUUUUAUAACCUGUCUUAUAUUAUUUGUGUGUAAACCUUCGAAAAACGAUGAGCAAAUAUAUUCUGCCCGUCUCGGUCUUUGGAACAGUGUUUGGGUCCGCUGUUUUAUUGAAGAACCAUGUUACUGGAGGCCCUUGUCCCAGUAAGGCUAAAAUUCCAGGGAAGACUGUGGUCAUAACAGGAGCCAACACUGGGAUUGGUAAAGAGACAGCCAAAGAACUGGCCAAGAGAGGUGGUCGAAUCAUUAUGGGGUGCAGGGAUAUGGAGAAAUGUGAGGCGGCUGCCAAAGAGAUUCGGGGGCAGACACUGAAUCCUCAUGUUUACGCACGCCACAUAGACCUGGCCUCCAUCAAUUCCAUCCGCCAGUUUGCAGAGAGAGUCAACCAAGAGGAAACUCAUGUGGAUGUGCUGAUCAACAAUGCAGGUGUAAUGAGAUGUCCAGCAGGGAAGACAGAGGAUGGGUUUGACAUACAGUUUGGAGUGAACCAUUUAGGUCACUUCUUGCUGACCAAUCUGCUGCUGGAAAAGCUGAAGGACUCUGCCCCUAGCAGAGUGGUCAACCUGACCUCUCUCGCCCACAUCGUCGGGGAGAUCGAUUUCAAUGACCUCAACUGGGACAAUAAGAAGUUUGACACCAAACGGGCCUACUGCCAAAGCAAACUCGCCAACGUUCUAUUCACAAGAGAACUGGCCCAAAGGCUAGAAGGUACUGGGGUCACUGUGAAUUGCCUACACCCCGGGGUUGUUGCCACAGAGCUGGGGAGACACACUGGCCUCCACCAAUCGCAGUUCUCCAGCUCAGUGCUCAGUCCGUUCUUCACCCUCCUGGUGAAGGGGCCAGAGCUGGGGGCACAGCCUAGUGUCUAUCUGGCUGUGGCCGAGGAGUUGGAGGGGGUUACGGGCUGCUACUACGACGUCAUGAUAGAGAAGGAGCCAGCACCCAAGGCCCUCGACCAGGAGGUGUCCCGGAGGCUGUGGGAGGCCAGUGCCAGGCUGAUGGGGCUGGAGCAGGCAGCAUCAGCAGCAGUGCCAGCCUCAAAUAGGGCCCAAGAGAAGCCCAGCACAGACCCACACACAAAGAUCAUAGCCAAUCACUCACUGUCAGCGCUUGAGCAAACAGGAAUGAACCCUGGAGUAUGAGCCCUGAUAUGGAAAGAAGUCCCAGUGAACGGUUGACUUUGCAUAGGCGCCAUUUUCUCUUGACAAGAGCAUGUACAAUAUGAAAUCGGAGCUAGCUGGAGAUUUCGAUUAUGGCUCGUGAGACAUAUGCAUAUGCUACAGACUAAUGCUUGAUUUCACCUGCUUGUCCAAUGUCCAUACAUCUGGAGAUGUUAUCGAGGCAAUGAUACAGGAGUGACUUGUCCAACAGCACAGUGAGUGUUGGCUUACAGUAGGUUCCAGAGGGAGCAGGUUUUCAUUCCAACCAAUGUCAAGUUAUAUUUUAAUGAAUAAUUAUGGAAACCUUUCAUGCCCAGAUACUCUGAGACAGAAGGAGAUGGAAAUCACUGUUAUUAAAACAGUUGUAAUGUGUUAUGAACUGAA